AGUGACAGACAAACUCCAAAUGGCAAGCUUAGAUUUCUGGCGGAUUUGUAUGGAAUAGUUAAAAACUGGGAUGUUCUAGAUAGCAUUGGUGAUCAUAUUUACGAAAUACCAGGACUAUGUCUGAAAGCCGUGAGUUUAACGCAGAAAGAUUUUCAAAUUGUGGGACUCAAAACAUUGUUAAAAGUGAAGGAUCUAUUGAAAUCUGAUUUGGUGUUGCCGUUUGUGGAAAUUCUUGUUAGUUUCAUUCAGCAUUCUCGGGAUGAUGACGUGCUUAAAUUGAGUAUAAAAACAAUUAAUGUAAUAGCUAGGAAGUAUCCUGAAAUGAUCAUGGAUUAUGUGGUCAGAGGCAAAUUUGAUGUAAACAAUUUGACAGAAGACAAAGCUACUUUGCAGAAACGUGCUCGACUGCUCUCAAAUUUAGCUAGCAUCGACGAUUUCACUAAAGUAAUACUUGAAGAGAUGUUAAAAAUGAUUGUUUCGAACGAUGAAGACGCUUGUCAAGUCGUAGAGGCUCUGAGCGAAAGUAUUUUAGAUAAGCAAUUGUAUCCAGAAAAUAAAGUAGUUGAAAUCGAAAGUGAUCACGGGCUUAUAGACAAAGUAAUCAACUGGUUGUAUACAGAACAAGAUCUACACAAUCGUGUUUCAGAAGACGGUUUUAUAUUAGUUAAUAGAUUAGUAGCGAAUUUACCAGCAGAUAAACAAAAAGAUGUAGUUGAUAGACAUACUCAAAGGGCUAUAGCAAAAUGUGCUGAAUGUGCAAAUUAUUUUUAUCUAAUAGAGGCAUUGUAUGGUUCCUUAAGACAAGGCGUUAGUGGAAGUUAUACUAAAGGUAUAGUACGUCUUUCCACAACUCUAGCUCUUAAUGUUGAUGAUGAAAAAGUGAGAUACAGUGCAGCAAGCCUAUUGGCUCAGAUGUUGAAUAAAGCCGAUUUUGGAGAGCCGUUUGAAGUUGUUUAUGAGAUGUUGAAUAGUAAAUUGGAGAUGGAAGUGGGUGUGUCCGAUCGUCUGUUAAUGCUUUACGCGUGGGUGACAAAAGCUUUGGUCAUGAGAGGCAGUGUGAUGUACACGGAGUGGUUUCAGAAGAUAACACAGUUCAUGAACAAUCCGAACCACAGUAAAGACGUAGCUAAUGCUGUUAAACUGAUAAUGUCGGAUUCAACACACAUUAUCUGA